UCUCUGAUCCUUAUAUUAUAUGACUGGCUUGUGGUUUACACUUCGCUCGUUUCGUCAGUCGAUACGUUCAUAUAGGAGAAGUGAACUUGCGCAGAAUCUGCACAGUACUUCUGCCAAAACACAAGCCGAGCAGUACGCCGAAUUUCGACCAAUGCGUAAUGACAUCAUAGACUGGCGUCCCAGCCAGAAAAGAGCAGACACCGACAGAAGAGACAAGCCAGGAGACUGGAAAAAAGAAAUCAGAAAUACGUCUAAUAAACGAAAAGUAAAGCCAUCAAGUGACAGAUCUACUUGACAAGCCAAAGGGUAAAAAACAAGGUUACACAGACCCGGAGUGACAGAGAGCAACUGGUUUAUCACACUGCCACGAGUCCUUGACCCCCAAAAUGGAGGAGCAGCACACCCACUGCAUGAACUGCGUGAGCCGGAGGUGUAUGGCCAGGCCAGAGAUUGGCGUUUCCUGCGACCUCAUCAGCUGCUCUCUGGUCUGUGGAGCCGUUUUUCACUCGUGUAAAGCCAGCGAGCAUCGUUUGCUCUGUCCGAUCGAGAGAGUGCCUUGUCUGAACAGCGGCUUUGGCUGCCCCUUUACGAUUGCUCGGAACAAAAUGUCCGAGCACCUCGAGAUAUGCCCAGCAAGUGUGGUGUGCUGCACCAUGGAGUGGAACCGGUGGCCUGUCAGCUACGCAGAUCGCAUAUCCUACGAAAACCUAAGCAAGGACGUGGAUGAGGUAGAGCAGCUGGACAUGGCUUUAGCCUUACAGGAUCAGCGGAUGCUGCUAGAAUCGCUUAAGGUGGCUACUAUGGUGUCAAAAAAUGGCGACAAACCAGCUGGCAUGACUGAAAAGAUAGCUGUGGCCUCAGGCUUGCCGAAGGAUAAAAUCACUAAUGGAAUCAAUGGUUUGGAUGAGGAGUCAUACAGUGAACUUUACCAAGCCACAGUGGAGACGAGCAGAAGCUUAGCUGCUGCGUUGGACAUCCUCAGUAAUGCGACUAAGGAAAUGGACCUAAUCAAUGGAAACAUACCUGAGGAGAAGGCUGAACGAAACGGACAGUUCCAUGAUGGGGUGGAAGUGGAAGUUUUGGACUUUGAGAAUGUUGACAUGAAGGAAAAUGACAGUGAGUCUGAUUGUGAACUUGGAGCGGUUGGGGGAAUGGAUCACCAGGCCGCUGUGGAUGUGAAUGGCGGGAAGAUGUGGAUAGACCGUAAUGGAUUUCAUGAACUUGAGCUGGCUGAAGGAGAUGAAGAGGACGGGAUGUUAAAUCUGUUUGAGAAAGAUAAGAAGCCUCUGUGUAAUGGUUUUCACAGUGCUAAGGAGGGUCUAAAAGAUGCCGGGCUGGACGAAAUGGAUUUAGAGGCAGCUGAGUCGCAACACUUUGAAACAAAUGGGUCUUGGGAGGUCAUCCAGCCAGUAAACAGGCCAGAGACACUAAAUCAUUCCAUACCCAUUGCAGUACAGGAACCCUCUGGUUCACAGCCACCACCACUACCUUUGCCACUACCAAUUUUACUUCCUGAUAUCAUUCAGAACAAUGCACUGCAUCACUUACCUAUUGACUUUGAGGACAGAUGGUUUGAGCGCAAGCUGCAGAACCUCCAAAUGCUCAGAGGGAUGGGGGUGUUCGCGUUCAAUGGGCGGAGAACCCUGUUUACAGACCCGUACUCAUUUCGUGCAAAAAUGGAAGACAAGGCUGUGGACACGUCUGACCUGGAAGUCACCGACGACCCUAUGGGUCUUCACGGAAUCGACCUCAUCACUGCAGCCUUGCUCUUCUGCCUGGGGGACUCCCCCGGCGGCCGGGGAAUCUCCGACAGCCGAUUUGUCGAUGGCUACCGCAUCGACUUCGGCACACAGACUUUCUCCUUCCCGUCUGCCAUUUUGGCAACCAACACCAUGGUGGGCGACAUAGCCUCGGCCUCCGCCUGCGACCACGCCAACCCCCAGCUCUCCAACCCCAGCCCCUUCCACACCCUCAGGCUGGACCUUGUCCUUGAGUGUGUGGCUCGGUACCAGACGAAGCAGCGCUCCAUGUUUACCUUUGUUUGCGGGCAGCUCUUCCGGCGGGACGAGUUCUCCUCACACUUCAAGAACGUGCAUGGGGACAUCCACGCCGGCCUCAAUGGCUGGAUGGAGCACCGCUGCCCCCUGGCCUACUACGGCUGCACCUACUCCCAGAGAAGGUUCUGCCCUUCCGUGCAGGGAAACCGGAUCAUCCAUGACCGCCACCUGAGGUCAUUUGGGGUGCAGCCUGGCACGUCUACUCCACUGGCCGGACCACUGGUUAGCAGCAUAUGUUCUUAUGGCGGCUCUCACUGUGACCACCUGAGCAGCCUUCCCUUUGAGGUGCUCCAGCACAUAGCUGGCUUCCUUGACGGAUUCAGCCUCUGCCAGCUCUCCAGGGUGUCGCGGCUGAUGCGGGACGUCUGUGCCAGCCUGCUGCAGGUUCGAGGGAUGGUGGUUCUCCUAUGGGAGAAGAAGCAGUAUCCAUUCGGACCCUCAUCUUGGCAGAUUAAAGACAAGGUGUGGAGGUUCAGCACAGCUUUUGGCACGGUGAACGAGUGGAAGUUCGCCAACAUCACCAGCAUGGCCGACCAUCUUAAGAAGUGCAAGUUCAACACCGUUGAGCGACGGGAGGAGGCCAUCCCUUUGCCGUGCAUGUGCUUCACCAGAGAGCUCACGAAGGAGGGACGGUCACUGCGUUCGGUCCUUAAGCCAGUAUUAUAAAACAAAAGGAAAGAAAAACCCAACCUUCUGUGUUUCUUCCAAUCAGAUUUAAAGAGCUAAAACACUCUAUGUAACCUCUUUGUAAUUAGAUACUUUACCAACUGAAGAGUACUUUUACAUGAAAUAAUCGAUCACUGUGUAAAUAAGCAAUGUUUUUGAUGUUAAAAUUAUUUUUUAUAUAAAAGUCAGUACUGUGUUGCAUUGAAGAUGAAAAGAGCCUUAAUGUAUGAAAUAACACUUGACUUGCUGGACAUGGUAGGUUUCUAUUGAUACUUAUCUGCAAUUUUCUCCCUGCGGGACUGAUGUCUGUAUGUACUAUUAUCUUGCAUGGUUUGGUGUUCAAGUUCCCUUGUUUGGGUAAUUAAAACAUUAUUGAGAGAAAUAUGCACAUUUUUAGUGAGAAACUUAAGGAAUUUUCUUUUCCUCUUUUUUUAAGAUACUGACCAAACUGAAAAUGUGCACAUAUUUGCGCUUCUCAGAAGAAGCACUAAAACGUGCAUGUGAUUUAAAAAUCCUCUUUGCUCACCAUAUAACAUUACCUUACGUAAAGCUUAGUUUUGACAAUAACAGGUUAACACUUUUUCUGAAGCUUGACAUUUUAAGUUUGACAUUAUUCAGCAUUAAAGGAGGUCAUGGAUUUAUGCACCUAAUUUUCAUACUGUCAUUUUUCUGCAUGGAGAGAGAUUGAUGGGUGAAUUGUUGACUAUAAUUUGGUGGUAUGCAUUUUUAUACUGUAUACUGAACCUCAGUUCUAGGCAGUGCUUUUGUUUGUUUUUCUGUUAAGCAAUAAAUAAACAAUACUGUAGCAUAAAGAUCACCUAGCACUUUACUCUCAAAAUAACAAUUGUU